AUUUGUAUCUUUUUUUAACUUAAAGUUACAAAUAUAUAUUUUAAAAACCAUGCAAACUUUUGUUUUAAACAAUGGUAAUAUAAAUAAAGCAGAGGAACUAGAAGACUCUGUUAUUCAACCUACUCCUGGAAAUUCUGGUAAUCAACCUACUCCCGAAAAUUCUGUUAUUCAACCUACUCCUGGAAACUUAUUUAUUGCAGCGCAAUAUUCUGAAAGUGAAUCAAUAUCGCCUAAAAGCUCUUCGUAUUCUACACAUGGUUCAUCAUCUGGUAUUUUAAGUGACUUCAAUUUCAUGUUCCCUUCAUCUACUCAUCUUUCAUCACGGAAAAAUACACCUCUACUAAGUUCAACUGAAGAUUUAUCUGAUAAAAAUAAGGAACCUUGUGCUACUUCUACACCAUUUGUUCAAAAACAAAGAUUAACUAGAAACAGUGAAAAUGCUGUGAAUAUGAUUGUAAGUUCUUUGCUAAACGGCGAUGAUGCAGUGAAACACAAAAGUGAAAUGCCAACAAAGUUUACAGAACAUAUUUUGGAUGUCCCAGCUUGGAGUAACACGAGUGAUAAUGUUUUAUGUGAAAGUCAAAAGAGCUUAAAUAGUAAUAGUGUAGAAGUUAAUUUUAAUUCCAACUCUGCAAUACAAUUCAGUUUAAAAACAGAUUCUCAAAGUGUGAUUUCAGAUCAAAGUGUGAUUUCUUAUGAUUCAAACAAUUUCAAAAAUAAUUCACAAAAGAUAAUUGAAGAUGACAAUGGUUUUGGUUCACCUUCAACUUCAAUGAAUCUUGAACUUUCACAAGACUUUUCACAAGUGAUUCCUUAUGAAUCUCCUGUUCAAAAAUCAUCAGAUAUCUCAGAUGCUCAAAUAUCGCACAGAAGCUUUGGCCAAUCCUUUGAUGAUGGAACAACUAGUUUAGCAAACAAUGAUGAUUGCAGAAAUCAACAAAAUCAAGAUGUUGCAAAUAACAAUGUUUGUAAAUGAGUAACUGUAAAAUUUGAUGAUGGUACUGGUGAAUUAAAUAUACCUAUAGAUGAUAUUAUAACAACACUGCAUUUUCAGAAGGGACAAAAAGUUUCAGUGAAGGCGCAAGAUGGAUAUUACUAUGAUGGUGACAUUUAUGCAUCAGAUAUAAUAAAUGAUCAGCACUUCUACUGUGUAAAUGUCAAUGGAACAACAAGAAUUGUUCCAAGAAGUUCAAUUUGUUUGAAAAAGUCUAAUCUUGAUCAACUGCAAUUGGUUGAUAUCAAAGAUCAAGAUAUUAAAAAGGUGUUAAAGAAAGGUUUUAAAAGAAAACGCCACACCGAAAUACCAUUUUCUUCAAGUAGCAGCUACGAAGAUGCUGAGCCAAAAAAACGCAAUAGAGUUAGUGACAUUAAACUUUCUGAUAAAGCUCGACUUCUUUUUAAAGAUUUGUUAUUUUUGAUAAUUGAUACAAAACAACAAACAGAAGAAAAUGGGUUGGAUAAAGAUUUGAUUUCUAAACUUAUUACAUCAAAUAAUGGAGAAAUUAUCUCCACUAUUCAUAGCAGAGAAUUUCACAAAGCUAAAAAUGUACUCUGCAUAAGUGAUGGUCCAUCCAAUUCACACAUAUUUCUUUAUUGUGUUGUAGUUGGAAUUCCAAUUCUUCACCAUGAUUGGCUCAUUAAUAGUAUAAAAUUAAAUACUUGCCAAGGUUACCAUGAUUAUUUAGUUCCUGCUGGGUUAAAUAUUCAUGGCGAAAUUGUGUCACAAAUUCAUGGCAAAAGGGAGCCAUAUAAUUGUUUAAAUCCACUUAGGAUAUACGUGCAUCAAGAUACUAAAACAAACAGCAAAGAUUUUAAUUUAGUUUUAUCAAAAGCUGGUUGUGAACGUGUAGCACCAGGAAUCUUUGUAACAGAACAAACUCGUGUUUUAAAUUUUAGUCUAUUAAAUGUGGACUACAUAUUAACGUUAAAUGAGAAAGUUCCCAGUGUUAUUUGGGAUGCUUCUGUAGUUUAUGAAAUACCUGUGGUCACAUUUGCUUGGCUUAUUGAAUGUUUGAUUACAAAUCAACUUGUUGACGCGAAUGUUAGUCCGUUAUUUUUAUAUAAACCAAUUUAA